ACAAUAUCGGUUGUCGGUUUCCCCGCUCUCACUUCCAAGCAGAAAAAAAAAAAACCCCAAAAAACAACCCUUCAUCAAGUCGCCGGGUGGAGAGACGCACAGAGCGGAGCCAUGGCAGGGGACGGCUCGGACCAGCGGGCGCUGCAGUAUGAGCAAACUCUGAUGUAUGGGCGCUACACGCAGGAGCUCGGGGUGUACGCCAAAGAGGAGGCAGCUCGGCUGAGGGAGAGCGGGCAGAGGCGGUCGGUCAGCGAUCGGAGCCGGGCCCUCGACCUGCUGGAGUACGACAAGGGACGCUGUGCCAAGUGCCGCAUCUGCACGGUUCGCUGUCAGAAGUUCCUGAUCUCGCGGGUCGGGGAGGACUGGAUCUUCCUCAUCCUGCUGGGACUCCUCAUGGCCCUGGUCAGCUGGGUGGUGGACUUCUGCAUCGCCAUCUGCCUACAAGCACAGAAGUGGAUGUACGGUGGUCUGGACAGUAACGUGUUCCUGCAGUAUCUGGCUUGGGUCACGUACCCCGUCGUCCUCAUCACCUUCUCUGCCGGCUUCACCCAGAUCCUCGCCCCACAGGCUGUUGGUUCAGGUAUCCCAGAGAUGAAGACCAUCCUGAGGGGAGUGGUGCUGAAGGAAUACCUCACCUUCAAAACGUUUGUGGCCAAAGUCAUCGGCCUCACCUGCGCUCUGGGCAGCGGCAUGCCACUGGGCAAGGAGGGUCCGUUCGUGCACAUCGCCAGUUUGUGUGCAGCUCUCCUCAGCAAGUUCAUGUCUCUGUUCGGAGGAAUUUAUGAGAAUGAGUCGAGGAACAUUGAGAUGCUGGCAGCAGCCUGUGCUGUGGGAGUGGGCUGCUGUUUUGCUGCCCCCAUAGGAGGAGUGCUGUUCAGUAUUGAAGUAACGUCCACAUUCUUCGCGGUGAGGAACUACUGGAGAGGUUUCUUCGCUGCUACCUUCAGUGCCUUCAUCUUCAGAGUGCUGGCUGUUUGGAACAGAGACGAAGAAACCAUCACAGCUCUGUUCAAAACCCGAUUCCGACUCGACUUUCCCUUUGACCUCCAGGAGCUUCCUGCCUUCGCUGUCAUUGGUAUUGCCAGUGGUUUUGGUGGAGCUUUGUUUGUUUACCUGAACCGACUCAUUGUGCAGUUCAUCAGGAAACAGAAGGCCAUCAACAAAUUCCUCAUGAAGAAACGUCUGCUGUAUCCUGCACUGGUCACUUUACUUGUUUCCACGCUCACGUUUCCCCCUGGCUUUGGACAGUUUAUGGCNNCGCAGCUCACCCAGAAGGAGUCUCUGGUGACGUUACUGGACAACCGCACGUGGGCCAAACAGGGCAUCGCCGAGGAGUUCGACUACAUCGGACACUCCCAAGCCUGGAAACACCCGCAGGUCAACGUCUUCGUCACCCUGGUCCUCUUCAUCGUCAUGAAGUUCUGGAUGUCUGCCCUGGCCACCACCAUCCCAGUGCCCUGCGGAGCCUUCAUGCCAGUGUUUGUUAUUGGGGCAGCUUUUGGUCGUCUGGUUGGAGAAAGCAUGGCAGCCUGGUUCCCAGAUGGCAUUCACACAGAUGGCACCAUCUACCCAAUAGUGCCAGGAGGCUACGCUGUCGUGGGUGCGGCGGCCUUGUCGGGAGCGGUCACCCACACGGUUUCCACCGCAGUCAUCGUGUUCGAGCUGACUGGCCAGAUCUCCCACAUCCUGCCGGUGAUGAUAGCGGUGAUCCUGGCCAACGCCGUGGCCCAGUCCCUGCAGCCCUCCCUCUACGACUCCAUCAUCAGGAUCAAGAAGCUGCCCUACCUCCCAGAGCUGGGCUGGGGACACCACGAGAAGUAUAAUAUCCGUGUUGAGGACAUUAUGGUGCGGGACGUGCGAUACAUCACUCUCAACUGCUGCUACCGAGACCUGCAUAACGUCCUGCUGACGGGUCACCUGAAGACCCUGGCCCUGGUGGAGUCAGCUGAGUCCAUGAUCCUGCUGGGCUCCAUCGAGCGUGCCCAGCUCCAGUCGCUGCUGUCCCAGCAGCUCGGUCGGCCCAGGCGUCUGGAGUACAUCAGGGAGCGAGCCGCCGCGGAGAAGAAGCGCCUGUCGGUCGUGUCGAACCCCUGCAGCGAGAACGACAGCCACCGGGCCAGUCAGGAGGUCCGCUUCCAGAUCUCUACCGAGGAAUCAUCCUUCAGUCCUACUCGUCCAGUCCCUCAGAAGCCACUCAAACCUGCUCUGAAGAGAUCCUCUGUGGUUGAGCGACCCACCGAGAUCCCCAGCAGUCCAAACGAUAACUCGGGCAUUGCUUUAAAGAACCUGUUCUGUGCCAGUCCAGACACAGAGGGCCUGGAGAAAAACAACAACAUGGAGAGCCCCACGUCUCCUGAGCUCAGGAAGCCGUCCAAAAGAGUCAGGAUAUCUGUCGUGGAUGAUGGAGAUCUGGAGGACGACAUGACCAUCAGAGAGAUUGCAGAAUGGGAGGAGAAGCAGCUUGAUGAGCAGGUCAACUUCAACAACUGCAAGAUCGACCCCGCCCCGUUCCAGCUGGUGGAACGCACGUCGCUGCACAAGACCCACACCAUCUUCUCCCUGCUGGGCCUCGACCACGCCUACGUCACCAGCAUUGGACGUCUCAUCGGGGUGGUUUCCCUCAAAGAACUUCGUAAGGCCAUCGAGGGCUCAGUGACGGUGAAAGGUGUGAAGGUGCGUCCUCCUCUGGCCAGCUUCCGCGACAGCGGCACCAGCAGCAGUGAGAACGAGGCCACCGAGCUCCACAAGCUGUGGGACCGCCACAAGUCCAUGUCGCUGCCCCGUGAACACACCCCCUCCGAGUCCGACGAGAAAUCCCAGUGAGGGAAAGUAGAGGAAGAGGAGGAGGAGGAGGAUGAAGAGCAGGUGGAGGAAGAGGAGGAGGAGUGAGGCAUUGAGGUCUUUAACCCCCCCAAAGCCACAAACAUGCAAAAAAUCCUCAGGGCUUAGGAUCAAUAUUUAAUUCUGGAAAGAGUUCUCCUGUUAUGCCAGCCUCCUCUCAACUCCUC